AUGGCCUUCUACAGGAAGUUGAGGGUCUUUUCUUUUUGUGGUCGGAUUUACAAACGGACCCGUCAGUUCUUCAGGAAGCUGCGUAAGCGCCUCAGGUGGCUCUGGAGAACUGUUAAGAGGUGUUUUACUAAGACCCAGGAGGUAGAGCAGCCAAUCUCUGCAGCUGACUGCAUUUUUCACAGAGAGAAAAUUGUGGAACUUGGCAACACACUGAAGAAUACACAUCUAUCCCUUGAGAAAAGAGCUCUGGCUGCCCAGAAAAUUGGACUACUGGCCUUCACAGGAGGCCUGAGUGCUGCCCAGUACGCCAGCGAGUACAUGAAAGAAGUCGCUUCCUUGCUGCAGAGUGAAAAAGUGAUGUCGUCGAAGACGAAGAUCCUGCUGCUGCAGAGCGUGGCGUGCUGGUGCUACUUAAACCCUGCCAGCCAGAAGCGAGCCAAACAACUGCAGUUCAUUCCCAUCUUCAUCACUUUCUUUGAGACUCCCUUCCACUCCACCAUCAAGAGUGAAGUAAACAGUCACCGCCUCGUGCAGUUUUGGAUAUGCUAUGCCCUCUCGGCCAUGACCUGUAACAACUUAGCCAUCAUGAAGGAGCUGCGGUCUUACAGCUCUCUAAAGUACCACCUGCAGAUAUUGGCUAUGGAGAACUGGUCUGGGUGGUCUGAAAAUUUUGCUGAGGUCUUAUAUUUCCUAGUAGGUUUUCACAGGAAUUAAUUUAUUUUCAAUCCGGUUACAUGACCCAGCUAUCUGUGCCAUCGCAUUACCCUGGGAACUUGCA